AUGGACCCUUACUCUACCGAAGGCGAAUUGAUCAACAUUCACAGCCACUUCCAUCAGGGCCAGUACCAGGAAGUUGUCGACUUCGAUACCUCGUCCUUCUCCCCUGAUAACGCCCUGCCCGUUCGCGUUCUAGUCCUCCGAGCUCGACUGGCCCUUGGUCAAGCAGAAGAUGUCCUCGACGAAUUGAAGGGUGAAUCCGAGCCCGAGCUUCAGGCUCUUGGUGCUCUUGCUGAGUUGAACUUGGGCAAGACCGAUUCUGCAGUCGAGACGAUCGAGAAGCUUGCGUCUUCGGCUGCCGACAACACAACGGUGCAGGUGAUUGGAGGAACAGUUCUUCAAGCUGCUGGAAAGUCCGAAGAGGCCCUUGCUCUCCUUACCCAACAUCAGGGAAGCCUUGACGCAGUCUCCCUUAUCGUUCAGAUUCACUUGCAACAAAACCGAACCGACCUUGCCCUGAAGGAAGUAUCUGCUGCGCGACGAUGGGCCCAAGACAGUCUCUUGGUCAACUUGGCCGAGUCUUGGGUUGGAUUGAGAGUGGGUGGUGAGAAGUACCAGCAGGCUUUCUACGUCUAUGAGGAGCUUGCCCAAGCUCCCUCCACUUCAUCAGUACGCAGUCUUGUCUCACAAGCUGUCUGUGAAUUGCACCUCGGCCGAACAGAAGAGGCACAAGCUGCUCUGGAGCAGGCUUUGGAGAAGGAUGCCAACAGCGCCGAUGCCAUCGCCAACUUGCUUGUCCUCAAUGUCAUUAAUGGCAGCAAGUCCGAUGAGUUUACACAGAAACUCCAGAGCGUCAAGCCUGACCACCAGUUCCUGGCCGACUUGGAAGAGAAGAGCGCCCUGUUUGACAGAGCCGCUACGAAGUACAGCCCCAAGGUUUCAGCAUAA